AUGGAGUGGACCGAGGAGCUUCAGGCCUUCAUGUACCCGCGCCCAUGCGGAGACAUGUUUCAGAUAACCAAAGAAGAUCUGAGAAUCUUCUCUCGGUUCCCUCGCUGCUCACUCUACAUCAUCGUCGUGUACAAUGUCGAAGACUUUCUCGUCGAGUGCGAUCCGAAGUCAAAGAAGAAUAUUAAGCCGUUGAAGCAACAGCCAGUAGCC